AUGCAUUAAGAAACUGAUUCUUUGCAAAGUUUAGCAAUCAACAUUGGUUUAUUGAUUGAUAAUUUAAAUUUGGGUCAUAUAAAAUUUGAUUAGAAGUAAAUCUAAUUUUCUUUAAAUAUUGUUGACAUACCAAAUGUAACUAUUUAGUAGUUAGAUUUAGCAGCACUCAGCAGUAAUAUGGGUAGUGACGAUAUACUUUAGAGUAUAAAUAAUAUUGUUAUUGACUCUCUUAAUAUUAAAGAUACUAUUUUUGAAUCAAAUCUUAUAUCUGUUUAGAUUGCUGAUAGCAUAACUUUAAAUAAUUUUUAAAUUGAUAAUUGCUUCUUUUAAACUAAUUUGAUUGAUUUAGAUACAAUAAAUAUUGUUAAAAUAUAAAAUUCACAAUUCUUGCUCAAAUAAGACUCUCUCCUUUUCAAUUAUUUUUAACCACUCAGUUAAGGCUAAGGUAAUUACAUUAAAGAAAAAAAAGAAUGGUUAGUCGCUUAUGAUAGAUUUGAUGGAGCGAGAUCUCUAAUUAGUGUAUAUGGGUUUACUAAUUAAUAAUAGAAUAAAAACCAAAAUAAUUUAAUAAUUGAUUAUAUUUAAGCAGAUUUUGGAGGUUUUGAUUCUAGGUUUCUUUCUGUAUAUUAUUCAGGUAGAAAAUUGGACAUUAAAAAUAGCAAUUUUUCAAAUAUGAAAUCUCAUCAAAACGGAGGUUGCUUAAGAUUUUACAUACUAACCUAUUUAAAUAUUUCUUCAUCUAACUUCACUAACUGCAUAAGUAAUAAAUUUGGUGGAGCUGUUUCUAUAAAUAAUUAUUUAGAAGUUUAUUUUAGCAACUUAAAUAUGUAAAAUAAUUCAGCUCUAUUAGGUGGAGGUAUUUCAAUAGAGAGUUAAGGCCAAAAUAGAACUUUGCAAAAUGUGUUUUUUAAGAACAAUACUUCUACUUUCUUAGAUAAUGAUGUAUUUGAUUACACUCCUAAAUUCAGAAUAAGAGAAGUGGUAGAGUAUAUUCCUAAUUACUAUUAGUAAUAAUACAUGAUCAGGAAUUUACCUCUUAGUAAAUUAAUGAAAUUAAUUCCAGGAUCUAUCUAUAUAAUUAUAAUUGAAUUAGCCCUAUUUUAGAAUAGUUAUGGCAAUAUAAAAACAACAAACUUUACUUCUCUUAAUAAUAUAAUCAAAGGAAAUUUGUAUGACUUUUAUCUAUUAAAUAAAGACAAGGUGUAACCUCAAGAUGCAAACUAAUACUUAAAUUACGAACUUGAUUUGAGAGAAUUGAGCAAAGAUUAUUCUUAUAUUUUAUUCUAACCUCAUUCAACAAUAAAUAAAUACAAAUUAUCCUUUAUCUUCACCAUCCCUUUAAUAGAAAAUGAUAUUUUAUUUUAAACAUCUGAAUGUAUUGAAGGUCAAUAAAAGAUCUAUUUUAAUUCUUUGGAUAAUACAAAAUAUCUGUGUCAAUAUUGUGAAUCUAUGUCUGCAAAUUAUAGAAAUAAUUCUUUCGAAUGCCAGCAUUGCGAUAGCUAAAUAUUUUCUAAAUGCUACUUAAACUACUCUGAGCUUAACAAGGGUUACUGGAGAUCAUCGCUUUAGAUAGAUUAAACUUAAAUAUAUAAAUGUUAAAGCACAAACUAAUAAUAGUGCCUUGGAGGCAGUGGAUAUGGAAACUAACUUUGUUUUGAAGGAAGAAUAGGAAAUGAAUGUUCAGCAUGCGAUGAAACAUCUUCAUACUGGAACGCUACUUAUACAGCAAUAAAUCUGUUUUCUUGUGUAAAAUGUGAUGAAAUAUAAUUAAAUGCUAUUAAGAUUUGGGUAUCAAUGGCUUUAUUUAUUAUUGUUCUAUUUGUAUUGAUUCAUAGUAAUUUUAAAAAAAUAUAAAAUUAUGUUUAUCAAUAGUAUUUAAUUAAAAUGCAAAUGAUUUACAUUGGAACAAGCUUUACAAAAUUUGGUCUUACUUCUGUUUAUAUAAAAGUGUUAUCAUUCAACACUUCUCUGUUGCUUUUUAUUUAAAAUUAAUUAGAACUAAGCUUGAAAAAUACAUUUGUAGAAAAAUCUAUUUAAUAUUCAAGUCCUUUAUCAACGAGUUUUGCUUCUAUUAAUUGUGCCCUAUACGACUUAUUUCCAAACAGAGACCAUUAUGGAAUAAUUAGAUUGAAAUUCUACUUGAUUAUGCCUUUAAUUAUCAUCCCUAUUGCACUUUUAUUUCCUUUUCUACGAUUCCUAUUAAAAAAAUCAAGCAGAAGAUUUUUAAAAUAUAAUAUUUCAUUAACGAUAAUUUAUACAUUAUUUAUAGUUUUUUACAAUCCAAUUCUAAGUGUAUGUCUAGAUUCUAUAACAUGCAGAACCUUUGGAAAUGGUGAAAAAGCCCUUCAAAUAGAUUUAACUGCUCCUUGCGGCUAGGAUUAUGAAUACUAUGAAUAUGCAAUAUCGGGUUUAGUGUUUUAUUCUAUUCUUGUUCCAUUUUAUAUAAUAUAUAAUCUAUACAAAAACAAAAAUAAGUUAUACUCAAUUAAGGCUCUUUUCCAAUUUGGAUUUUUAUACUAAGAAUAUAAAAAAGACUUUUGCUUCUGGGAAAUAGUGCGUUUUUCAAUAAAAGUGGCUAAACAAAUUCUUAUCUUCUGCAGAGACUAUGAUAUCUAAAAUUUAAAAUAACUCUUGGCUUUCUUGUAUACUCAGGUAUUUGCCAUAAUUUUAGUAAGAAAAAAUACAAGAAAGGAAUCAUAACCAAGAAAGCUAAGACCCAUUAAAAUUAAUUGA